UUUGGUGCAAUAUGUUGGGUAGAAUAUUUUUUGUGGUUUUGGUGGUGGGUGUGACGUCACUACCACAGACUUUUGAGACGAAGAAUUUCAAAGUUGGGAUAGAAUAUGAUCAUUCCCUGCCGAUGGUGGGAGGGGCGGACCGCUACCGCCAUCGGAACAACUACGACCCGUUUUUUGUCACUGUCACCGCCACCGCUAAGAAAAACUACGUAAUAUCCUACCUAGAAGUGACCGCGACAGUCGACGCGCUUGGCGCCGUGGACUUCUGCGUGACGUCAGGCGCCACCGGGUCCAGGAGCGUGGCGUUCCGCCUGGCGUCGAACCGGUCCGAGUUCCUGGCGUACUCGUACCUGGCGUACGGGAUACGGGAGGACGAGUACAAAAAGGUGACUGCCGCGUCCAAUGGCGUUUGCUAG